GGUCUCUGGUCCAACCCACCGCACUGCUUCAGGCCCCGCCCCCUGAUCGUCCACGAUGGACGUCCCAAAUCCUCAAACAACUUCUGAGUCCUCUGCCUUAAAGGGCCGGAAAUACUUAAGGGUGCUGACUGGGACCCGCCCCUCCACUUCCGGCAUCGGCUGUGGAGAGUCCCUGCCGCAAUCCUCCGUGUUCGGCCGGUAGGAUGGCGCCGGGCCGAUGCGGUCAUAGCACCGAGAGCGGACGGUCGCAAGGGAUUCCGCUGUCUCCCGAAGUUUAUCCCCAGUGGCGGGGGAUGGAAGGGGAUGGUUCUGUUUCGUCUGCGUUCCCCGCUCCCCUGCACCACAGAGACGUGGGCCUCCGUCGUUCUAGUCCUCCCGUCCUGUUCCCGAGUGCCUGCUAGAGCGUCUCCUCGCCGUUUCCUGUCGUCCAGGGGCCGGGGCGGGAAGAAGGGGGCGUAGCACGACUGCGGAGGGAACUCGUGAGCUUGGGUGGCUCUUAGGUACCGGAAGUGUCGAGAGGAAGGCCGGAAGUGAGGAGGCGGAGCCAGGAAGUGAGGAGGGGCGGGGGUUUAUGAGGAGGCCAAGGGAGCGUUGGGGCAGAUUUGCACUCAGGGCCACCUGAGGGACUUGGUGGUAUCGCUCAGCCCCGUUCCCUCCCCUCGCAGAGACAACGUUGUCGUCUGAGAGUAGGAAACUGUGGAAGAGUGGGUUGUCGAGAGAACAUUUCUCUGGCUGCGCUUGAGGCAAAGUGGAGAGUCAGGGCUGGGGGUGGAGCCGGGUCGUCAGGGUGUCUGAGAGGGAAGACCCCCGCCCCCCAGGCCCCCACCAACCAUCUACACUGGCUGACUGGACACUAAGAUGGCUGCCGUUGCCAUGGCACCCAACCCUGUGCAGACCCUUCAGGAGGAGGCGGUGUGCGCCAUCUGCCUGGAUUACUUCACGGACCCUGUGUCCAUCGGCUGCGGGCACAACUUCUGCCGAGUGUGUGUAACCCAGCUGUGGGGAGGGGAGGAUGAGGAGGACAGGGAUGAGUUAGACCGGGAGGAGGAGGAGGAGGAGGAGGAAGAGGACGGGGAAGAGGAGGAAGUGGAGGCUGUGGGGGCCGGUGGGGGGUGGGAUACCCCCAUGAGGGAUGAAGACUAUGAGGGCGACUUAGAAGAAGAGGUCGAGGAGGAAGAGGAGGGUGUAUUCUGGACCGGUGGCAUGGGCGGAUCCAACUGGGACAACAUGGACUACGUGUGGGAGGAGGACGAGGAGGAAGAUCUGGACUACUACUUGGGGGACAUGGAAGAGGACCUGAGGGGGGAGGACGAGGAGGACGAGGAAGAAGUGCUGGAAGAGGACGAAGAAGAGGACCUAGACCCCGUCACACCACUGCCCCCGCCUCCAGCCCCUCGGAGGUGCUUCACCUGCCCCCAGUGCCGAAAGAGCUUUCCCAGGCGGAGCUUCCGCCCCAACCUGCAGCUGGCCAACAUGGUCCAGGUGAUUCGGCAGAUGCACCCAGCCCCUGGUCGGGGGAGCCGAGGGAAUGAGCAGGGCGUUUGUCCCAAACACCAAGAAGCCCUGAAGCUCUUCUGCGAGGUGGACGAAGAGGCCAUCUGUGUGGUGUGCCGAGAAUCCAGGAGUCACAAACAGCAUAGUGUGGUGCCAUUGGAGGAGGUGGUGCAGGAGUACAAGGCCAAACUGCAGGGACACGUGGAACCCCUGAGGAAGCACCUGGAGGCUGUGCAGAAAAUGAAAGCCAAGGAGGAGAGGCGGGUGACAGAGCUGAAGGUGGUAUCCACCAUCCCCUUUGCAUCAUCCCAGAGCCAGAUGAAGUCAGAGCUGGCAGCUGUGGCCUCAGAGUUCGGGCGACUGACUCGGUUUCUGGCCGAAGAGCAGGCAGGGCUGGAGCGGCGCCUCCGAGAGAUGCAUGAAGCUCAGCUGGGGCGCGCGGGAGCGGCGGCCAGCCGUCUCUCGGAGCAGGCCGCCCAGCUGAGCCGCCUGCUGGCCGAGGCCCAGGAGCGGAGCCAGCAGGGGGGCCUGCGGCUGCUCCAGGACAUCAAGGAGACUUUCAAUAGGUGUGAAGAGGUGCAGCUGCAGCCCCCAGAGGUCUGGUCCCCUGACCCGUGCCAACCCCAUAGCCAUGACUUCCUGACAGACGCCAUCGUGAGGAAAAUGAGCCGGAUGUUCUGUCAGGCUGCCCGAGUGGAUUUGACGUUGGACCCUGACACGGCUCACCCGGCCCUGAUGCUGUCUCCUGACCGCCGGGGGGUCCGCCUGGCAGAGCGGCGGCAGGAGGUUGCUGACCAUUCCAAGCGCUUCUCAGCCGACUGCUGCGUCCUGGGGGCCCAGGGCUUCCGCUCCGGCCGGCACUACUGGGAGGUAGAGGUGGGCGGGCGGCGGGGCUGGGCGGUGGGUGCUGCCCGCGAAUCAACCCAUCAUAAGGAGAAGGUGGGCUCUGGGGGGUCCUCUGUGGGCAUUGGGGAUGCCAGCUCUUCCUCACGCCAUCACCACCGCCGCCGCCGGCUCCACCUGCCCCAGCAGCCCCUGCUCCAGCGGGAAGUAUGGUGUGUGGGCACCAAUGGCAAACGUUACCAGGCACAGAGCUCAACGGAGCAGACACUGCUGAGCCCAAGUGAGAAACCACGGCGCUUUGGCGUGUACCUGGACUAUGAGGCUGGGCGCCUGGGGUUCUACAAUGCGGAGACUCUGGCCCACGUGCACACCUUCUCAGCUGCCUUCCUGGGCGAGCGUGUCUUCCCUUUCUUCCGGGUGCUCUCCAAGGGCACCCGCAUCAAGCUGUGCCCUUGAUCAGCCUGCCACCCGCAGGGGCCCCUCUGGUCAGCACUGGUGGGGCGGGUGGUGGUGGAGGGUGGCCCGUAAGUUUGGGGGCUCAGAGGCUCCUCCUACUGUUACUGCAUUGCUUCCUGCUCCUUCAACCCAGGACCCCUGCUUCUCCCUCUAGGAGCCUAAAGAACCCUCCUGGCCUCCAGCUUGGCCUCCUCUCACCUUUGUCCAACAGGUCUGCAUGGGUCCCUGUAACAGCUGCCUGGUCUUCCCUCCCUCCGUCUGCCCAGGGCCUGCGUUUGAGUAGGGGAGGGGAUACGUCACUUCAUGAACUUCCCUUUCCCCACCCCUGCUCUUCAGCCUUCAUGUCAGUUAGUUGCCAGGCUAGAGGGUUUGGGCAAGACUCAUGACUACCCCCACUCCCAUACCAAUUCCAUUUUCUGAUACAAGUUUUGGCUAAGGGAUUUGGAACCUUUUUCGGGGGAGGCAGGCUGCGCAAAGGGUAGAGCUGGAUAUAUAAAAAACGUCUACUCGCCAGGGGAAUAAGGGAUUCUAAACCUCCUUUCAAUCCCCAAUUUCUACCUCCAUAGACUGGCCAGAAUUUAGCUUCAGUAAGAGAUCUGGAAUGGUCGACAUGAUUGAAACUACAUAUCAUUACAUCCCCCAAUAAAUUAUUUUCUUCCCCAGCACUCAUCUAGGAGCAAAGCUCACCUCACCCUUUUCACUGCCAGGCUCCUUUCCCUUGUUGAGUGGAGUUCCUUGUCGGUUUCCACCUUCUCAUGUCUUUAAGUUCCCUCCACUUGGUGACCCCUGAUGGGGAACCUGGAAACGGGUUUGGGUCCCCAGGAGAGCCUUGGGUAUAAUCUAUUUUUCUAGUAACCCCUUGCCUUCUGUCACUUAUCAGCUCUUGUCCUGCGCCCUGAUGGCCCAGGUCAAUUUAUGUUCCUGGGGAAAAGGGAAAUUGGGUUGUGUUGUGGAAAUAAAGUUUAUUUGCUUCUUU